UCUCUAUUCUGUUGCAGGUUGCCAGGGCGCCUGGCUGAAAGUGUACCAAGAUGAGAGUGAAGGAAGGGUCAUUUCUGUGGUACCUCUAUCUGGACAAAAUAUACUGCUUAUUAUCUUUCAGGAAUGUGAAGGCCUUGUUGGAAUAUUUUCGCCUUCUUGAUGUACACCGCAAAAACACCUUGAAUGAUGUGCUGUUCUAUCACUUCCUGCAUUACGUGACUAACUUGAAGUCCAGACAGAUCAGGAUGGUGUUUGACAUGCUGGACUGGAAUGCUGUGGGUGAAAUUGGUUUUGAGGAGUUCUACUUGUUGGUUUGCAUACUGCUGUCACACCAGAAUCAUUUGGAAGAACAAUUUAUGUAUUGCCAUUCCCGUCAUGUUUUUAGACUGCUUGACAUAAAUGGAGAACAGAGAAUUGGUACAACCAACUUCCAUAUGUACAGAUUUCUCUUCAAUAUUAAAAGAGAGCAACUCAGAGAGUUCUUCCAUAACUUUAACAUCACAGGUGACCAUCUUAAUUACAAGGAAUUUAAGAUAUAUACUAUCUUUGCCAAUGACAAAGCCAAGGAAAAGCAGAGAAUGGAAAGAGAGAAAGUGGAAAAGAGAAAGAGAUUGAAAUCUCAGCUCAAGAAAAUAGUAUAUCAAAUUGGUGUGUGCCAAAGAUUUUUGAAAAGUAAUCUCUUUAAUAAACAUUAUGAAUAAAACUGUUAACAUGUUCAAAAAUAAAGAUCAUCAACGUGGGUACCUUUA